AUGCACCGCUGUCGACGGCUGCAGCCGUGGAGCUUCGAGCCGCUGCGUCGACAGCUCCACGGUUUCUCUCGUGGACUUCAUGGAGUCAAUAUACCACAGCACCGACUGACGGAGUUCCUUUGGUCUGACGUAUGCUAUCUUGCUGACCAGGGUGCCACACCUUUGUCUCUUUGCCAAGUCAUUGCCGCAAGACCUGUGCAAGUGGCAGAGCUGGCGAAUCGAGAGCUACCCAUCCGUUUCGCCAAGCGAAUACGGCAGAUUGAGGACAUUCCCGGCUGGCAUGAGUCCCAGGACUUGGUGAAACUGAGAUAUCUCUACUUCCAAUGCUUUAGUGAUCUUCGCCUCAUUGACUUGAAGGACCAUGACUUGCAUGACCUCACCGUGGCCGUGACACGGACAAAACAUCGCCUCAGUGGUGCAAUCUCAUUGUUGAUGGAAGCGGUGCAGGAGCUUAAAGAGAAAGGUCUCACUUUGCAGGAAUCAUUCUUGGAGCCUUGGCUAGACCGGUUUCUGCUCUCACGAAUUGGCACAGAGAUGCUCACAUCUCACUAUGUGGCAAGCAUGGAGGGGAGUAGCAUUGUGGAGAAGGAUUGUGAUCCCACGGUCAUUUGCCUCCGGGCGGCCGAGAAAGCUCGGUGGCUUUGCAUGGAGCACUACAAGCGCAUCGGCAACACUGUGAAGAUUAAUGUCGAAACACUGCCAAGUGCUGGAAACCAUGGGAAUCGAAAGGGAAGACAUUGUUUCACAUAUGUUCCAAAAUAUCUCUACUACAUGGUGCUGGAGCUCCUGAAGAACAGUGCACGGGCAACCAUAGAGACUUCCUCGAGCCAAGCAGAGAUCGAAGCCCGCCCGAUUGUGGUCACUGUCAGCGCCAACAGUGGGCAGGUGGCUAUCCGAAUUCAAGACUCGGCAGGUGGCAUUCCCUUCGAAGUUGCAGAGCGAGUGUGGUCCUACACCUAUUCCACCGCAGACACAAGAUCGGAUGUGUGGGAGCAUCAGGGUACACCGCUAGCUGGCUAUGGCGUGGGCCUACCUUUGAGCCGGCUCUAUGCACAGUACUUGGGCGGCUCGCUCCAUUUGAUGUCCAUGCCUGGGGAAGGCACCACCGCCUUCCUGCAUCUCAAGCGUUUGCAGCGAGAUGCCCGUGAGCAGCUUCCUUUGUGGCAUGGCGAGACCCAAAACAAAUGUGCAGUAGAUGGGAUGAACUUCGAGAACGAGUUCUGCAGCUCUUGUCAGUUUCGCGACAGCUGCUCUGAGCCAAAACAACCGAACCGGGCCCAAGAGAGCCAAAUAGAAGCUGGGCAGACAGUACCAUACCUGUCUCAAACUCCCGGCAGAUCCCAGCAGCAACAGUAA